AUGCCACAUUAUCAUGCUGAAGAAGCAACCAUUCAUCUUAAAAAAGUUCUUGGUUCUUAUUAUAUUUUUGAUGAUACACCUAUCUUUGAAGCUUUAUGGAGAAGUUAUACUCAAUGUCGCUUUAUAGAAGAUGAUGGUGAAGUUUCAAAAUCUCUUAAACCUACAUUGGAUUUUCGACGGUCUGUUUCAAAGGACAAAAUAUCAACACCCAUAGAGACGAAAGUUCCUCCUCCUUCUAUUUUACCUCCAAAAAAAGUAAUUAAGGCGUUAUAUGAUUAUGCGGCUAAGGGACAAAAGGAAUUAUCUUUUUCUAAAGGUGAUUUCUUUCACGUCGUCGAUAACGAAAAUGAUCCAAAUUGGUAUGAAGCAUGUAAUCCUGCGACUAAUUUACGAGGAUUGGUUCCUGUUUCGUAUUUUCAAGUAUUAGAAAAAAGUAGUCGAUUUGUUGAUGACAAAGCUGAUUCUGGUAAUACUUUAGAUGCACCAAAACCUCAACCUUUAUACGGUAUUGUUCUUUAUGAUUUUGUUGCGGAACGACCUGAUGAAUUGGAUGCUAAAGCUGGUGAACCUAUUAUUGUAAUUGCUCAAUCAAAUCAUGAAUGGUUUGUUGCUAAGCCUAUAGGUAGGCUAGGUGGUCCGGGUUUAAUUCCUGUAUCUUUUAUUGAGAUUAGAGAUCACGCAACUGGUAAAGCCAUUGAAAAUAUCCAGGAGUUAAUGGACAAAUCUAUUGUUCCAAAAGUUGAAGAAUGGAAAAAAAUGACUAAAGAUUAUCAAGCAAGUAGUAUUUCAUUAGGUCGUUUAGAUUCAAAAUUAGCUCCUAUCGGAAUAGAUCCCAAACUCGCUCCUAUGGCUUUGGUCGAUCAAAAUUUAGCUCCUGUCUCUUUAGAUUAUGAUCCAAAACUUGCUCCUGUAUCUUUAGAUUAUGAUCAAAAUUUUGCUCCUGGACCUCCUGAUCAUGAUCCAAAACUUGCUCCUGUAUCCUCUGAUUAUGAUUCAAAACUUGCUCCUGUAUCCUCUGAUUAUGAUCAAAAUUUGAAUCUUUUCAUUUUGAAGAUGGACGAUUUUGAUUUUUAUGAAUUUCAAAUUGCUCUCCUCGAAAAAUUUCCCGAUGAAGCUGGUCGAAAUGGUGAUCAACGUAUUUUACCUUUUAUGCCUGGUCCACUCUCUUAUGUUAAUGAAGUUAUUACUGCACAAAGACGUGCUGAUUUAGAUACUUAUGUUAAAGAAUUAUUGAGAUUACCUCCUUAUAUUUUAAAAGAUCCUUUAAUAGAUCAAUUAUUUGGUUUACGAGAUGGUGAUAUUGAAACUCCGAAUGAUCCUAGACAACCUAUGGGUGCAAAUGGAAAUACAUCAGAUCCUGAUCCAUUACCUCCGAUGUUAACUUAUCCAGUUAAUCAUACACCUAUUACUUCUCAACAAACAAAAAAAUUACCACCACCUCUAAGUGGAAGUGGUGGAAGUGGUUAUAAUAAACAUAAUACUUCUUCAUCUUUGACUAGUCAAUCAUUUAUUAGAUCACCACGUGUUCAUGAUGAGUCAUCUAAUAAUAAUUCACAACUUUUUUCACCAAGUGCUAUAAGUCCACAUUCAGAAAAUAAACAAACUUUUAUGAAAAUCAAGAUAUCAUACAAAGAUGAUAAGAUUGCUAUUCGAGUGCCAUCAGACGUUACCUAUGCACAACUCCGAGAGAAAAUAUGUGAUCGUCUAGGAGAACGUGUGUCAAGUUUAUCAUAUAGAGAUGAAAAGACUAACGAAGUUAAUCCGCUCGAAGAUGACGAUGAUCUUAACAAUGCAUUAGAUACUUGUCCAAAAUUACUUAUUUAUGCUGCUUAA